AUGGUGCUGCCAUCGAGUCUACCUCACUUCUGGGCACUCCUGCUGGUGGUGGUCUCAAACUUGUUGCUGUGGGAAAAAGCUACAUCAAUUCCUGCAUGUGAGACAAAAGAGGGUGGCUGUUGGGACCCGCUUGAGGAAACACUUAAGAGUGCCAUUCAGAGAGCGAAAACCAACCGAAAACUUGCUAACGAGUUCUAUGUAGAGCUUUACCACAACAAAUUCUCAGCUGGACAAUUUGCAGAUCUUAGGUCAAAACUGAUGAUGAAGGAAGAGGUUGCUUUCAGAGCUGGAACUUACUGCCAUUCUAGUCUCGUAAAACUCCCAAGAUUGGACAAAGAUAGCAUAGUUGUUGAUAUGGAAUGGUAUUUAACAACUAUGAUAAAUUUUGUGGGUUCCUGGGUUAGCCCUCUAUACCAGCUAGUGAUUGAACUGAGUGCCAUGGAAAAUGUCCAUGAAACUACUCUCUCAAAAGCCAAGGAGAUCGAAGAGAACAACAGAGAAAUACUUGAUGACCUUCGAUGGAUAUUCACCCAGGUCUAUCCUACAGCAGAGAAAAAGGAAGAAUUUCCUAACUGGGGAUAUCUUUCAUCCUUAAAAUCAAGUAGCAGAAGUUAUAAAUUUUUGGCAAUGUUUAACAUUUUCAGAUGCCUAAGACAUGAUGCACAGGACAUUCUAUUUCAUCUCCAAAUGGUGGAGUGUCGCAUGAUUCCAGAUAAUUGUUUUCCUCGGAAUAUUCCAUAA